AUGAUUCGACGUAUUAUCGAUUCAGUUUCUUUGCUUGUUGAUCCGGAGCCUCAAAAUAAUAUGGAACUACUUACAAAUAAGGAUUACAGUGUAAACGCUUCUAUGGACGAUGACUCUGAUAGUGUUAACAAAGAUGCCUCUAAUGGUCUAUCAGAUAUAAGUUCUUCAUUCACUGGGCGAUUAGAAUCAUAUUUAUCCAAUGGUUGCAUCAAUGAAUGCUCUUCCAGUUCAAUCGCUCUAUCAAAUUCUAAUUCUUGUUAUAUCGCUAGUGAAGACAAUGAAUGCUCUCUAUUUAACACUCCCAAAAACGAGGCGACGGUAACUCUACCUGUCCGUUCUGUAAGAAACCAGUCACAGUCUCCUGGUAUGGUUGAUUUAAGCUCCAUUCCUCUUCGUUCACUUCCAGGAGGACCAAGUUUGCAACAUCCGAGAGAUAGACUUAAGUUGAAUACUCGAAAAAAAGAAACUUAUAGGUGUCAAAAUAAUAUUAGGUCCUGUUUAACUGCUCCAGUUUGUCGAAAAAUAGAGCAAGAUAAUGGUGAUUUCGAAACAGAUGGAUGUUUUUCGCAAGUAGAUCCACUAGUAAUGGAACUUGAGUGUUACAUCCUACCAUUCUAUCGAAAUUUGACAGAAUGUGAAUUAAAACUACCUAUCAAGUUUGCAGCAAAGAUUUAUCGUGGUAUACUGAAACAACUUGCAGCUGAAUAUGAACUUUUGAUACUGUCUGUUGGGAAAGAUAGAUUACAUGAUGAAUGUUUAGUUGUUCGUAAACGUGGCACUUUACAGCAGAAACAAGAGUUAGAACUGGAAGAACGAAAAGAAAAACAACGUCAAAAACAAUUAAGAGAAAAAGAGGAGGCCAAAGAAACGGUAGAUAAGAAGGAAGAAAUUAAAAUUGAAAAACUACAAACCGGUAAUGGAAACUUGAAUGGACAUCAAGAAAUGUGUUGUCAGGCUAGUUUUGAUGAACAAGGACGUGAGAUUGGUCGAAAACGUGCUAAACGUAUACGAAAAGAAAGAGAACGUAGAAAACAAGCUGAACGAAAUAAAAAAAUUAUUCAUAAAAUUGAUUGUUCAAUUCAAACUAUACCAGAAGAUUAUUGGUAUUGUUCUUGGUGUAAUGAACAUAUUCCACCAAUAAGUCAAUGCGGACAUGAAGCAAUUUGUCGUGCCGGUGUUCAACAAAAACAAAUUGAAAUUGAACUUAAAACUCGAUUAAAACAACAUCAAUUACAUAUUGAAGCUAAAAAACGUCAACGUUUAGGUCUACCACCAUUGAAGAAUGAACAACAACAUAAUAAUAGUAAGAAGAAAAAUGAAUUAAUAUUUCAUUCACGUAGUCAAAGUCAUAAUCAUCGUGAUACAAAAUCAGAUAAAUUAAAUUCAACUAAACAAGAGAAAAAGUUAACACUAGAUAUCAAUAAUCCAACGAUAAAAGCAAAAACCGCAUCAGCUAAACUCGGUGAAGUUCAUCCUAAUGAUGUAGAAGCAAUGAUAAAACUUAUGCAACGUUUAUGCACAGAAUCUAAAUGUAAAUUAUUAGCUGAUAGUGAUGGCCUAUCUUUAUCGAAUAGUAAAUGUCCAAAAUGUAAACGUGCUUAUUGUCUUGUACAUCGUCCAAUUGGAAAACAUACUGCUUGUUCAUUAAACUCAGAACUAACUACCGAAGAAUGUAAUGGUACUACAACAUCUAUAGCUUGUGGUUGGGAUUCAAAUGAAAAAAAGGAAGCAUUAAAACUUGCUUUACGUGAACGUAAAGCAAAACUAAGAGAGUUACGUGAACGAUGCUGA